AUGGCCGGAAGCAUGACCAGCGACGACGAAGAGUUCAAGGACUUCAUGGACCUCACCAUGUCGGAUGUGCGCUCUGCCCGCCGCGCGGACGCUUCUUCCCCAGGUCGUGAUGACCUCGCUCCCUCGCCCCUCACGGGCAACAACGGCUCUCUACAGGCGAACGUCAGCAAGAAGCAGCAGCCUGCGGAUGGUGUGCCCACCAGUUCAUAUACUUCGAGCGGCUAUCGUCGAUCUAGUGGCAACGAGAAUGUGUCUGCCGCGGUGCAGACUAGCACUGGUCAUGCCGCCGAUACUGUCGAGAAACGAAAGCCAAUCCUCUCCAAGGGCCACCAAGUCAAGAUCGCGGACGUGUGCAUCGGUCAGGUCGAAGUUACUGGCACUGAUCGCAAUGCUGUUAUGGCAAUCGACGGUUGUCUUGAGUACCUCGCGGAGCACGCGGGCCAGAGCAUUCCCGAGUGGAAGGAAACCCUCAGUGGCAAUGCUAUCGAAUACCCGCUGAUGGCCAAGAGUGCAAUCCCUUUCAUCAAGGAGUUUCAAGCCAAGGUAGAGUCUCUGGUCACCAAGGGCACUCCAAUGAAUGACCGCAACGAUUUGGUCCCCGUGGGGGUUCCCGCCAAACUGAGCGCCAACGUCCGUCCAUCUGCCGGAGGUGCCGCCGCCGAACAGGAGCUGCUGGCCGUUGACCACCAACGCGCUAUAGAGGAGCUCAGUAUGAUGAAGGCUCUUUGCAAACACCUCAGUCGCCGUCUGAUCACGGCCCAGGGACAGGCCAACCACAUUGAGUGGCCCAUCAACAUGGAGGAUGACCACCUCGUGGCCGCCAUCAGUCUCCCCAACAUCUCUGACGAGGACACUGCCGUGUCUUUUACGUUCAGCAUCGUAUGGAGCACCGACUCAACGUGGAUUCUUCCUAUCGAAUUUGUCCCUGUUAUCUACGAGCUGUAUACCAAGCACAUCCUCCCCGACCAGCCGGACCCUUUCGAGCAGGCUAACCUGGUCUUCCUUGCCCGUAUCCUAGGCCUCGACGUCUACCUCCCUGCGUACAGCCACAAGCUCAAUGUGGAUACCAAAGUUGUUGUCGAAUUUUGGAAUGAAAGGGAGGUGAACGAUAAGUCCAAGCCUAUGACUUAUAGUCGCAUCACCAAGGCCGCCAUUCGCUUAGCUAUCGCGCAUGAGAUCAUCAUCAAGAAGUCUUUCAACCACCUUUUCACAGUCGGUAUGAAAACUCUUCGGAAAUCCACCGCCAUGACCGCCGACGAGGCCUGGAAGAUCAUCAGGUCAUACAAGCGCCUCCGGCCCAAUGACGCUUCGGAUCCACGGGAGUCCUCCUCCCCUUCAUCCGACCUGAUCCGCAACGAGGAGGCUUUCCACAUGGCCACCAUGGACACCGAGCCUGAUUCGACUAGUCCUGACCAUCGUCUCACCGCCAGCAACGCUCCAGCACCGGUGACUUCAUCAAAGCGACCUAUAUACAUAUCUUCCGACGAAGAAGGGGAAGCCAACUCUCAUGGCAACCUGGAUAGUGUGCCAAAAGCAUACAUGGCUCACGGCGACUCUGCCACUCUCAACAAGGACAGCUCGAAGGGUAAGGAGGAACACAAGCGCCGAAAGCUCAACACUGCCACCUAG